AUGUCUGAGCUUGAUCCAACUGUUAAAGAAGCGUUUAAUGUGGCAUACAACAAUAUAUAUGCAUUUCAUCUUGCUCAAAAGUCAGUGGAGCAAAGUGUUGAGAAUAUGAAAGGUGUUAGAUGCAAAAGGGUUGCUAGGAGUAUUGGUUCCGUUGGUCUUUAUGUACCAGGGGGAACUGCUGUCUUGCCGUCAACUGCUCUAAUGCUUGCUGUUCCUGCACAGAUUGCUGGAUGUAAAACUGUUGUUCUUGCAACUCCGCCAGGCCAAGAUGGCAGCAUAUGCAAGGAAGUGCUGUAUUGUGCAAAGAAGGCUGGUGUGACCCACAUUCUUAAAGCUGGUGGAGCUCAGGCCAUUUCCGCCAUGGCCUGGGGCACAGAAUCUUGCCCAAAGGUUGAGAAAAUUUUGGGACCUGGAAAUCAGUAUGUAACAGCUGCCAAAAUGAUACUCCAAAAUAGUGAGGCUAUGAUUUCAAUUGACAUGCCAGCCGGCCCUUCAGAAGUUUUGGUUAUUGCUGACAAACAUGCCAGCCCUGUACAUAUAGCUGCUGAUUUGCUAUCCCAGGCUGAACAUGGCCCGGAUAGCCAGGUUGUUCUUGUAAUUGCUGGUGAGGGUGUGGAUUUUAAAGCUAUCGAGGAGGAAAUUAGUAAACAGUGCCAAAGCCUUCCAAGGGGAGAUUUUGCUUCAAAAGCAUUAGGCCAUAGUUUCACUGUUUUUGCUCGUGAUAUGGUUGAGGCUAUCACCUUCUCAAAUUUAUAUGCGCCAGAGCACCUGAUCAUGAAUGUGAAGGAUGCAGAAAAAUGGGAGGGUUUUGUUGAGAAUGCUGGUUCCGUAUUCUUAGGGCAGUGGACACCCGAGAGUGUGGGAGACUAUGCAAGCGGGACCAACCAUGUUCUUCCCACGUAUGGCUAUGCAAGGAUGUAUGGUGGGGUGUCUCUCGACUCUUUCCUGAAAUGCAUGACUAUUCAAUCUUUGACAGAGGAAGGCCUAAGAAACCUUGGCCCAUAUGUGGCCACCAUGGCUGAAGUUGAGGGGCUCGAUGCUCACAAACGAGCCGUGACUCUCGGACUCCAAGGUAUUGAAGCCAAGCAAAGUGUGAGAUGAUGUGUGUAUGAUUGGAUACUGUUUUA